GCCGCGCGGCCCGGUCGCAGCGGCAGGACGGAGGAGCGGGACGCGGAGGGACCCGGAGCGGGAUGAGCUUCUUCGACGUGUUUCGCGGCUUUUUCGGGUUCCCGGGACGGUGCAGACCCCGGGACCCGCUGUUCGGCGGCGCGGUGUGGGACGAGGAGGAGGAGGAUGGCGGCCCGUCCAUGUCGCAGCCCCCCCAGGACUUCGGCUUCGGAUUCAGCCCUGGUUCGUCCCGCGGCGGCUUCGAGGAGCUAUUCCGGGACAUGGGCGAGCUCCUAGGGGUCCUGGGGGGCUUCUGGCCCGAGCCCCAGCAGCCUUUCGAGCCCGCCGUGCCCGGCCCCGGUGAAGGCAGCGCAAGGCGACCACUGCGGGACUCGAUGCUGAAGCAGCCGGACAGUCCCCCUUCCCGCGCAGCCCCGGGGAGCUCCGGGGAUGCCGGCGAUCUGGCCCAGCCAUGGAGACCCUUCUUAGGGCUGGGAGAUGCUCACCAGGCUCCUCCUGGCCUCAAGGAAGACCAAGACCUGGACUCACAGGUCUCCUCCGUGGGGCUGGGGACCAUCCUGAGACCAAAUGAGCCCAAGUCCCACUCUUACUUCCAGAGCGUCUCUGUUACCAAAGUGACUCUUCCUGAUGGGGCAGUAGAGGAGCACCGCACUGUGCAGGACAGCCAGGGCCGCUGGGAGACAACAGUCACCCGCCGGAGGGGGGACCAGGCCUUCAUCACCACCACCAAGGAGGAUGGGCAGAAGAAGGACUACCGGGAGGAGGUGGUCAACAUGGAUGACCGGGAGCUGGCGCAGUUCGCUGUCACGUGGCCGCAGCAAGAUGAGCUUCAUGCUGCCAACCUGAGCGACCCCUCAUCUGCGCUGGGCAGCUUCUUCCGACGCUGGUUCUCGAGCUGGUAGCUGUGGCCAGUCCUGACUGAGCAGCCCAUGGGUCAGAUCUUGCUGGGAAGAUCUUGCUGGGAAGUGGUGCCUGGGCUGGAGGCUGCCCACCUUCUGCAGUGCUGCAGAGCCACAGGGACCCCUGUAGGGGCCAGGUGUAUGUGUGUACAGAGCAAUAAAGUCUAUUUAUGCUAAA